GCGUGGCUACAGCCCAGGUGUCCUCGAGAGACGUAUGUUAAUGUUCCAGACGCAUUAAGAAAUGGCUUUGACUCAAGAGGCGAUUUUAAACGCAUUAUUAGAAGGCAGAGGAAAGGUGAAAAACUCCGAGCUGCUGGGCAAGUUCAAGGAUCUACUAAACUGCAGUGAUCCGGCGGAGAAGAAACAGAACCGAGAUCUCUUCAAGACGUUUGUGAACAACAUUGCUGUCGUGAAAGACUUCCAGGACUCCAAGUAUAUAGUCCUAAAGAAAGGGUACCAUCAUUUACUAGAAGCCUCAAACGAUGAAAACGCACCAAGAGAAGACUGCGGUAAAGAUGGAUCACAUCCAGAAGAAGAUGAGAAGGAAAAAUCCACUCAUUCCCAAAAUGCCGAAGGUAAGAAGUCUGAACAGAAAGCUCUGAGCAGAUCUUCGUCAAAGGCUUCAGACGACACCACGGCACUCUCUCCCAUAGAGAUUGCUUUGGGAAGAAGCAAGAAUGUGGACUUUAAACCUAAAAAGUCUUUACAUUUCAGCGUCCCGCUGAAGUCUGACACCGAUUUCUCGGGAGCCGCCAAGAAAGAAGCAAGCACAAACAAGCCGUGUGCUCUACCUUUACGAAUGCCCCAAAUAGACAUGGGUCAUCAUAACAAGAAGCCUUCCACUGAGAGCUUGGGCUCUGGACAGGAGCUUCAACCCUCGCCUCGGUGUAAGAGGAGAACGCCUACAGACAAUGUGGCCUUCGCUGGCGGCUCCCCACAGUUACGGAGGCUCUUCAAGACCCCUAAACAAGCGGAUGAGCCGAAGGACUCGCACUGUUGCCCGCUUGAUCCCGUGGAGCACGAGUGGCUGGUGAAGUCUGCGAUAUUUCACAAUAUUACUGUUUUUACUGUAUUUUUUGGUGUGAGCAGAAAAGCCUUCAAAAACAUGAAAAUCUUACCAACCCCAAGCUUUUGA